CAGCGCCGCCUCCAGAGCCCUGGCACAUCUGUGAGAGCAGCGACAAUGGGUCAAUCUCUGGGCAUUGUGUUACCGAUCCUGAGGAGAGCAUCAGGUCGGAGCAGGGAUUACAGCCGUGGACUGUGGACGAUCCCCCAAACCAGGACCUCUCAGGCUGCCGGCACUGAGAUGAGAAAUGUUCCCUCAGAAGAGACGGUGUCAUUUGAAGAUGUGGCUGUGAACUUCACGUGGCAGGAGUGGCGGUACCUGAGUGAAGCUCAGAGGACCCUGUACCGGGAUGUGAUGCUGGAGACCUGCAAUCUCCUACUGUCCCUAGGGCGCUGUGUUACUGAUCCUGAGGAGAGCAUCAGGUCGCAGCAGGGAUUACAGCCGUGGACUGUGGAUGAUCCCCCAAACCAGGACCUCUCAGAUGCCCAUACUGUGGAUGACCUGAUUGAGACCAACCAGGAAAACCAGGGCAGGCAUUUGUGGCAAGUUCUAAUCGCCAAUGGCAAAACAUCAAACAGUCUUUCCUGAAGAAAUGUCUCUGUUCUAAACUGGCGAUGAGGGACAAACUCCCUGCACACCCAGUCUGCCCCAGCCGUGGGUGCCCGCUACCACUCUGAGCUGGGACUGCAGGCCAGAAGGGGCCUGGCGUGGGCGAAAUUCCCAGCUCACCUCUGACUACUCUGGUGGCCUUCUGCCAGUUUCAAGCUGCCUUUAUUGAAGAAAGGUCCCUGUCCUAAAAAGGCAAUGCAGUUUUAAGCAAGGUCAAGAUGGCCCGGUCAGUUAGGUGCAGAGCCCAUCCCUUCAAGGUGCCCUUUCAAAUCAAACAAGAGCACAAAGCUGGAUCACGCUGGGAAAGCUAUGCAUCACGAGGUGUGACGGGGAACACCCAGGGGGCUGAGGACCAAGAUAUAACAUGUACUUUCGACUUA